CCCAAACGCACACCAUGUACCCACUCGCACAAGCUGAAUCGCCCUGCCGGCGUUGUCCGAUCGGGCUUGGUUUGGAGGCUGCGUGGAUGGUUGGACUGUGGACAUCGACAGAAGAUGGCACAUCGACAUCGACCAACCGCGCGCCUCUGCUGUAUGGUAUCUUCAGUGGUCUGUACCACCGCCCCAGCUCGAUACAUAGAUAUAUCCGUAUAGCCAACCUUGGAUUCCUGAUAUUCUUGAAGAGGUUGUCCUUGAUCCCCAAUCCUCACUUCCUCACAAUCCUUCACUUCAACCUUCUUGCAGACCAGUUGAACGCUAUACCUACGAUUUAAGCGGAAUAGCCAUGCUUAGACGAUCUUACUCUCGUCCAGAUCUCGCCCAUUCCCGGCCUGGAAUCGUCGAACGAACGGGUGGCAGCUAUGACUUGGGCGGUACGUGGCGACCAGCAAACUAUGGGCCUUACACGCUUCGUUUCAACAAUCACGCAUACGAUCGCAGCCUUCAUGCGUGUUACUAUAACCUAGAGGAUGAUUACUAUGGCUCUUAUGGCGAUCUCCUUGAAUACGAGGCAGCCUUACGAAUGAACCGACAGCUUACUGAGCAAGAACGUUUGCGACGCUGGCGAAUGCGAAUGGCGUUCGAAGAGCUAGAAGAGGCUGAGCGAAUGCGACGCUACCGAUCGAUGGCCCAUACCGAUCGCUUGCUUCUCGGCCUCUCCGAUCACUCCUGGUGGGGAGAGCGUUACGGGAGCCACCCUUUUCAUCACCGCCCAGACUGGCGCAGCCGGUUUGCAAACAAGAUCCGAAGAUGGGACUCUAGCUUCCUCCCACUUUCAUCCUCUCUCAGUAAUCGUUAUGCACCCGUUUGGGGCGACUCGGGCAGUCUUGCUCUCAACAACGGCCGACAUUUGGACUCGCAAUUGCGCUACGCUCAGAACGGCUUCCAUAACGAUCAUCUCUUGGAUGCAGAACGCCGACUCAAUCAAGACAUCCGAUACCAAGAACUUAACAACGCCGAAAGAAGGCUCGAAAAUCAGGAAGAGUACCUUCGAGAUCGGGUCGAAGAUAAUAUCCUUCACGAUCGAGAGAGAGCCCUGGAGAGCCAGAUGAUGGAUAAUGUGCUAUAUGAGCAAGAACGGAACUACGACAGAGAGUUGAUGUACGAUCAGGACCGCCGUCUAGACCGGCUCGAAGGCGAAGAAAUGCUAUACGACCAAGAGAGAAGAUUAGAAAAUCGGCUGGAGGACGAUGAGCUUUAUCGUGCGGAAAGACGUUUGGACGACGAUGCACGCUACCUUGAAGGGACUGAAAUCCUAGAUUCCGAUUUGAGAGACCCGGUCAUGGUUGAUUACGAUAGAUACCCAGACAUGCAGAUGGGUCUCGAAGAUGACUUGGCAAGAAGAGAAAUGGACGAUGAUUAUCUCGAAAGGGAAAGGCUGGAGCGUGACUUGAUGUAUUGAGAGGUGUCGAUAUCCACAAAACUAACUACAGAAAGUCGAAAACAGUCCUACAAAUCACUCUCAACCUACCAUUAACUUGCCAGUCUAUUGAUUAGAACGAAUGUAGAGCGAUUGUUGCACAUAGUCUCCAGCAAUUCCUGGCUGAAAAGCAUUUUCUCUGGUCAUUUCUGUAUGUACUAAUAGAACCAGCUCUUGAUUUUGUGGAGUGUUUGACUUCAGGGAGGUGACUGAGAAAGUGACCUGCCACUCUGUUUGGCUAAAAAAAAAACCUAUGUAUUUCUUUGGUUACAAUCAGAUAUUCCGAUGUUAUCCUGUUUCACUGUUUUGCAUUUCAAGUACAGCUCUCAUUAUGUAACAUUCUAGGAAGCUUCUCAGAUUGAAUCCAAUGACCAGGCAGGUGUUCACCAGA